AUGGCAGCCACCACGGAUGGGAAUGCGAAGCCUCUUCAGACAUCGAUGAGGCUGGUAAAGACUGCGAUACAGCUGGACUCGGAGAACAGACACAAGGCGGCAUACUGUGAAUAUCUAAGAAGUGUAAACUACAUAUCCCACGCCCUCUUAGAGGAUGCAUGUUCAAAACAGGAGGAGAUGGGAAAGGUGGAAGUGGAGAAGAUGCUGAAGCUGGCCGAACAAUGUCUGGAGAGAGUCAAGUCAUUUACAGCAGCCAAACAGAGUGAAUGCCCACCCCCACCCUACACGCCUUCCACCAAACAAACGCCCUGCCCCCAACUCCCCCAAGGUGUCUCCAAUCCCAUGGCCUCCGCAGACAACACAGGUUUGUAUGGUUGAGUUUAUGCCGAUUAAGAAAUGCAGAAAACAACUAAUAACUAGUAGCACU